UAUUUAUUAAGCGAACGAAAGUGGUUUUCUCCUUUCUUUCCAACACGGCGAUCUCGCUGGAUUUCGUCCUGUUUCCUCUUCGUCCGAGUUGACUCAGUCACUCAGUCACUCGCCGCCGCAAAAGAAGAUGAGUCAGGACUCGUUCAUCUACAGCUUCGUGGCCAGAGGAACCAUGAUCUUGGCCGAGUACACCGAGUUCACCGGAAACUUCCCGGCGAUUGCGAAUCAGUGUCUCCAGAAACUUACUUCUUCCAACAAUAAGUUCACUUACAAUUGCGACCACCACACCUUUAAUUUCCUCGUCGAAGAUGGUUAUGCUUACUGUGUCGUGGCGAAAGAAUCUCUCAGUAAGCAGAUUUCCAUAGCCUUUUUGGAACGGAUGAAAGCCGACUUUAAGAAAAGAUAUGGGGGAGGCAAAGCCGAUACUGCUGUUGCAAAAAGUCUCAAUAAGGAUUUCGGGCCAAUUAUGAAAGAACACAUGAAGUAUAUCAUCGAACAUGCGGAAGAGAUUGAAAAAUUGAUAAAAGUGAAGGCACAAGUAUCGGAAGUUAGGAGUAUAAUGUUGGAGAAUCUCGACAAGGCAUUUGAGAGAGGGGACAACAUCAAUUCUCUUGCUGACAAGACGGAAAGUCUUCGGGAGCAGGCUCGGACUUACAGAGGGCAAGGAACUAAACUGAGGAAGAAGAUGUGGUAUCAGAAUAUGAAGAUAAAGCUAGUUGUUCUUGGGAUAUUGUUAGCUCUUGUGCUCAUAAUUUGGGUUUCCAUCUGCCAUGGAUUCAACUGCUCCAAUUAGUUUGUACUGUAGAGAGAGAGAGAAGGGCUGAAUUGAAAGGGGAAAGUUGUAGGCUUGUGUUUCCUUGUCUGUAAGAUCAAUGGGCUUUCCCUUCAACAUUGAUAUAUUUUUAUACAUGUAAGUUUCAAUUUUAUUGGGUGCAUUUUUUCCUCUUU